AACAAUUGGAUGGUAUCAUGUAAUUUUUUUUUCUUAAUUCCUUUUAUUCAACAAUGUCUACUGUUAUUCCUACUAUCAAACUUAAUAGCGGGUAUGAUUUCCCUAUGAUAGGUUUUGGUACUUUUGGUGGCAAUGAUGGUUCUGAACAAGUAUACUCUGCUGCAAAAGCAGCUUUAGAAGUUGGAUACAAACAUUUUGAUACUGCUUAUAUAUAUGAAACAGAAGAAGCUUUAGGAAAGGCAAUUAAGGAAAGUAAGAUUCCUCGUGAAGAGCUUUUCAUCACUACAAAAUUAUGGCCAAAUUUUCGAGAACCCCAACAUGUUAGUCCUGUCUUUGAACGCUCAUUAAAGAACUUGGGUACUGAUUAUGUUGAUUUAUAUCUUAUUCAUUGGCCUAUUUCUGUCGAAUUCAAAGGUUAUGAAUUUUCUGAUUGUAAAACUACUGGAGAUAUGAAAAACACACAUGUACCUAUUAUUGAUACAUGGCGUGCUAUGGAAAAGCUAGUAAAGGAUGGUAAAGCUCGUUCUAUUGGUGUCUCUAACUUUACUAUUCCCAUGCUCGAAGACUUGUUGAGUAAAUGCGAUAUCCCUCCUGCUGUAAACCAAGUUGAAAUACAUCCUGCUCUUCCUCAAGAAGAGUUACUAGCUUAUUGUAAGAGUAAGAACAUUGUUCUAACUGCUUAUUCUCCUCUUGGUAAUCCUGGUUACAGAGGUGCUUUCAAAACAAUGGAAGAGCCCAUUAUUUUUGAGUUAGCUAAAAAGUAUAAUAAAACGCCUGUUCAAAUUUUACUUAAUUGGGGUGUUAAUCGCGGCUAUGCUGUCAUUCCCAAGUCUGUUACUCCUUCUCGAAUCAAGGAUAACUUAACUUAUUUCAAAAUGGAGGAUGACGAUAUUGAGGCUGUCACUGCUCUUGGACGAAAAAAUCCAAUUCGUAUAUGUGACCCUAAGAAUGUAUUUGGCCCUGAUUGUGACAUUUUUGCAUAAAUAAAUUAAACAUUACUAUAUUUUUAAUAUGCUAUUUUAAAAAAAGCAACAUUUUUGAACUAAAGCAUCACGU